AUGAGUGGUAUCAACAUCAAUAGCGCUGUAGGUGGCCACUUGCCGCAACCGCCAGGGAUACAAGAUUUUUCUCUAUUGAUCGGUCGUGAGGCCGUAAUGCUGUUCAAGCAGUACGCACCGUUAGCUCGUCGCUACGAAGAGCUUUGCCAAUUGGAGGUCACUCCGAGCAAUCAACGAGAAUCGGCUCUACCUCGACCGGUAUUCGGAACCUCAUCUCUGAUCACAUCAAGUACACCUUCCAGCUGGUCGGCUGUGAUUCAGCAACAGGCGCAUUCUACUCCACAAGGAUCUUUGCCGGAAAUUACAUCUAACAACCACUUAAAUCUACGCGCCUCCACAAUUGUUAGGCGACAGACCAUUGAAGAAUUCACGAAGCGAGAAAAUGAAGACAUUCCACUGUAA